AUGCACGAGACAUAUGAGAAGCCAAGGCACAUGCACAAGACAUAUGAGAAGCCAAGGCACAUGCACGAGACAUAUGAGAAGCCAAGACACAUGCACGAGACAUAUGAGAAGCCAAGGCACAUGCACGAGACAUAUGAGAAGCCAAGGCACAUGCACGAGACAUAUGAGAAGCCAAGGCACAUGCACGAGACAUAUGAGAAGCCAAGGCACAUGCACGAGACAUAUGAGAAGCCAAGGCACAUGCACGAGACAUAUGAGAAGCCAAGGCACAUGCACGAGACAUAUGAGAAGCCAAGACACAUGCACGAGACAUAUGAGAAGCCAAGGCACAUGCACGAGACAUAUGAGAAGCCAAGGCACAUGCACAAGAAAUAUGAGAAGCCAAGGCACAUGCACGAGACAUAUGAGAAGCCAAGGCACAUGCACGAGACAUAUGAGAAGCCAAGGCACAUGCACAAGACAUAUGAGAAGCCAAGGCACAUGCACGAGACAUAUGAGAAGCCAAGGCACAUGCACGAGACAUAUGAGAAGCCAAAGCACAUGCACAAGACAUAUGAGAAGCCAAGGCACAUGCACGAGACAUAUGAGAAGCCAAGGCACAUGCACGAGACAUAUGAGAAGCCAAGAUACAUGCACGAGAACAAGUAA